AUGUCCCACAACCCGGAGGAAGCAUUGCGUGUAACCAAAGGCAUUUGGCGACAUGUUAAAUACACUCAGUAUUGGGGCAUUAGAUAUGCUGUCGGAAGCUGUGAUGAGGUCACGACUUGCAGUGAUGCUUCCUGGGCACCCGGUGGGAGCAAGUCUCGUACAGGGAUAACAGUGCAUUGGGGGGGUCACUUGAUCGCAUGGCGCAGCCAGCGUCAGACGCUUACAGCAUUUUCGCCAGCGGAGGCAGAACUUGACGCUCUUGGAAGUGCUUUGCAAAUGGGAUGCAAGACACAGAGUAUCAUCCAAAGCAUUGCGGGGAAACACUUUGAACAUCAGCUUCGAGGAGACAACGUUGCCUCAAUCUUGCAGCUAACUGAUCCAGGGUACCACACUGAAGACCAAAGAACGCGGCACUAUGCCCUUCGGUGUGCAUAUGUUCGAGAUCAUCUUGAAGCCUCCAAGACCAAGCUGGAACACUGCUCUGGAAAGGAGUUACCUGCAGAUGGCCUGACGAAAGUGUUGGCUUGCACCGCUUUAGGCAAAGCUCGGGAGCUGUUGGGGAUGUAUGAGCCGAGGAGAUCAAACGCCAAUCCUUGA